AUGCUCUACGCCGCAAUGAUCGCCAUUGACGGACAAUACUCAAACGACACGAGUACGAAGCAUAACGCGAGGAAGCUGCACGACACGUGCGUCAAGUUGCUCGAGAAAGUAGCUGAGCCUGACCGUCUGUGCGACUACCAGGCAGUCUUCCUAGUAGAGGUGCUCUCUCAAUAUCGCGCACGACGUGCUGCAAAAACAUUGUCUCCUAGAUUCGGCACGCUCUAUCAAAAGGCGGCCGAAGAAUGUACACGCGUAUCGCCGGAGCUUACCAGCAUCGUCCUUUCUCUCGAGCAACCCGAGAACGUCGUUUUCGGAAACUGGAUGCGAUGGGUUGAGCGUGCCGCUAUGUUUCUGGCACGCGAGCCACAUGAAUCGCUGUUUCGACAGGAGGGCGUCGACCUCCCCUUUCCAGCUCAUAGCUUGGUGUGGGAUGCGACGACACUUGACGACUGGGCUGUUGCAAUUCAGCAACACGCUUCAUCACCACAACGCGUCUUCGAGGUCACGCAAGUACCUGUACUUGUACCCUGCGACCCUUUCCAGUCUUCCAUUCUGAUCGCAGUGUUCUACAACCGGUCUGAGAUUGCUUCGCCGUAUAUCAAUGCGCCGGUCACUGAAGACAUUGACCACAUUCUCGAUCCUUCAUUCACCACCAAGCAGAGGCUUUUGACAGCGAAGUUGCUGCAAGUGACUCCAAUCCGCGCGUUGUUGGCAGUAUCUGGCGAAUCUUGGAUUCUGUUCGAGAAGGUACCUUCUCAACAGGCUCAGAUCAUAUUCAAAACGACUUUGCGUGCUUGGAUCAACCAGAUCUGGUCCGCUCCCGAAGGCGCUUCGCCGACUGUAUCCAGCAAAGAAGCCGUGCGGCUUGCCAUACAAAUUCUACAUAUGGCGCUAGAGGAGCAGCCAGAGGAUUCCGAGCUUAACAUGGGCUCAGACAUGGGCGUUUACUUUGCAGCUCUUGUUCUCUGGGCAGCUACUACUGCAGGAUCCUCCCGGAAGACCGACGAGUUUUAUCAACCACGAGUCAAUGCUGGUAUCGGCCAAGCCGCAUCCACUGACGAGGUCGUUCCCGCUUCCAAACGCCGGCGGUAUGCAGAUGAGUUUGCCAAGCACAAUGCCUAG